CAAUAAUGCGAAGUUGUCAGUGAGAUUGUGUGCAAUUCUCUAAAACAAAUUAUAUUCGUACAAUUUGCUGAAUAAUUUCUGGCUCAAAGCAGAACUUUUUGUUAGUAUUUGAUUUCUUAUACUGGCUAUGACGGGAACGGACAUUAGAAAUCGAGAAGAUGAGUGUUUUAUGUCUGGUGUUGUUGAAGGUUUUUAUGGAAAACCAUGGAGUGCUGAACAAAGAAGGGUGCUUUUCUCUUGGAUGAACAAGAUGAAUUUGACCAUCUACAUGUAUGCUCCAAAGGAUGACUGCAAGCACAGAGUGUUUUGGAGAGACCUUUAUUCAGUGGAAGAAGCAGAAAAUCUGACAAGCCUCAUAGAUUAUGCUCUUGAAGAAAAUGUGACCUUCGUGUAUGCAAUCUCUCCUGGCUUGGACAUGUCAUUUUCAAGUGCUAAAGACAUUGCUUUUCUCAAGAGAAAGCUUGAUCAGGUUGCUACAUUUGGAUGUAAAGCAUUUGCCCUGCUAUUUGAUGAUAUUGAUCCUGAACUUGGUGAAGCUGACAAAAGUGUUUUCCAGUCAUUUGCUUAUGCCCAGGUGUCUGUAGCAAAUGAACUGUAUGAGCAUUUAGGCCUGCCAAAGUGUUUAUUUUGUCCAACAGAGUACUGUGCUGCAAGAGCUCAGCCAAAUGUGUUGUCUUCUGAAUACCUGACGACAAUUGGCUCCAAAUUGUUACCCGGAAUAGAAAUAAUGUGGACAGGUCCAAAGGUUGUGAGCAAGAAAAUCAGUAUUCAGUCUCUGGAAGAAGUCACCAAGGCUUUGAAAAGGCCUCCCAUCAUUUGGGACAAUAUCCAUGCUAAUGACUAUGACCCAAGACGCCUAUUUUUAGGCCCUUAUGAUGGACGUUCACCAGAAAUCAUUCCAUACAUUAAAGGAGUGUUAACAAAUCCUAACUGUGAAUUCGAGACUAAUUUUGUGGCAUGCCACACGUUGUCACAGUGGUGUAAAUCCAAUGCUGGAGGUGUAAAGAAAGAUAUUAUUGCAGUUGAGAGACUCAGUCCUGUGGCAUCGGACAUCAAACUUGAAGCUGAUAGUGAUUUUAGUUCUGAUGACGACAUCCCAACAAAAUUUGACCUGCGCUACCAACCAAAGCAGGCACUAAAAAUAGCAAUAAAUGAAUGGCUCCAAGAAUUUUCUGUUCUACGUUUACCUCCCAAAACUGUGCCUCCACCCAUGCUCCAAACAUGUAAUUCUGUUGUGAAAACGUGUACAACCAUUACAGCCACCACUAACAGUUUUGUUGGGACAUCUAACAAUUUUGACAGCAACAUGGCUGAACUGGACAAUGCGUCUUUCAUCCAGCCCAUGAUGAACCCUGUUAACAGCCUGGUGGAUGUUGCAGUUCCAGAUUCAGCUUCUGCUGCACUUGACACUGAGCCGAUGGAGUGUGUGCCGGAGUCGGCGGCGAACAGUCCCCUGGGUAUCCCCAAUAACCACUCAACAGAAAGCCUGAUGCAGGUGGAGAUGAGUGACAAAGGGUCGGACAGUAGUGACUGUGGUGUCUGUCUGCUCACUCGAGAAGACAUACAUCUUCUUGUGGACUUGUUUUACUUGCCGUUUGAACACGGGUCGCGAGGGGUCGAAAUGCUGCAAGACUUCAGCUGGUUAAGAUCAAAUGCUCCCUGUAUUCAUACAAGCAAAACUAGGAAACAAGACCAAAUGGUUGUGAAAUGGUUUGAGACAGCCAAGAAGUUUGAGGAGUCUGUAGAUGGUGUAAUACAAAUGAUGGAUCGUCUUUUCCGGAUUCCAAACAAAGCUCUUCUCAAUGAUCUGUUUCCAUACAUUUGGGACCUCAAAGGAGUUAUACAGCUUUCCUGUGCCUUCGUCAAGUGGAUGGGGUCUGCGCGCAUUCCAUUCCACACAAUGUGCCACAUGAGGUCUCCUGUCACAUGGUACACUUCUGCAUACAGGGAGGCUUUCAUGAGUGGUGAUCAAGAACCAUGGGUGUUCCGUGGGGGUCUUCAAGCUGAGUUCCAACGUGUAUUACCCAUUGAGGCAGCUCAAGAUUUGUUUUUCAUGAAACCACCUGAGGUUGUUGCAGAAAAGAAGUACAACUUCAGGCCAUAUGUUGGAAGUGAUGAGCCACAUGUGUAUCAAAUCUGUCUAAUGACUUGUGAUGAUGGCAUGGAUGGAACUGAAGUCUUUCCUGAAAAUCCCAUGCUCAUUGGUGACAGGUUGGUUGGUGGACUGGCAACUCUCAGCCCUGAAUACUGUUUUGUGGUAGAGGACGAAGAUGGCUUGUGUGGCUAUGCUCUAGCCAGCUUAGAUGCCUUGACCCUGCAUAACAAGAGUGAAGUAUCGUGGACUCCAGCAAUGCGUGAGAAAUAUCCAAAACCAGUCAAAGAUGAAAUGUCUCCAGCUGAUGAAGUCAUUCUGAGUUUCCACAAUGAGCAGCCACUAGUCCCAGAGAGUAUACACAAACGCUAUCCAUCAGUACUGCGUCUUGAUGUUGUUCCAAGUAGAAGAGAAGACUUGGCAGUGUCCAAGAGACUGCUUGCAUGUGUAUUGUCUGCACUCAAAGCUAGUGGCUCCAUUGGUGUGCACUGUGAACUCAAUGUUGGGGACAAGUACAUGAUGGACUUUUAUGCAAAAUUAGGCUUCUUUCCAAUUGGAGGACCAGAUUGCAUUUCUGAGGAAAUUGUGUAUUGUGGACGUGUAAUAUGAAUAGUUUUUGAGAAGUUAAAAGUUAACAGUAGUAUUAAAAUUGACUCUUAAUGGUCAGCAUUUAUUCAUAAAAUAAAAAAAAUGUAGGCAGUAAAUCACGACCAUGGGGUAACAUGCAUACUCGGACUAGCCGAGGUCCAUCUUCCCAGCAGCUUACACAAACUCCUAUACUUCGGGUUUAGACUUGAUCUAGACUUCAGUGCCACUCAUAUUACAUGCAGUCGGAGUCCAGAAUAUGUUUGAGACUAGAAAGUUAACAGUGGUUUUGACAUGGAGAUAAUAACUAUGGUGAUGAAUAUGAGGUCGUUGUAACAAAUCUUUAGUGUAUUCUUUGUCGGCUUUAGAUGAACCAGAAUACUUGAUAUUCUGAGAAAAACUGAGUUGUUCAAAAGUCAACAUUGCUUACCUGUGAUAUGUUGUAAAGACAUUAAAUUGCAAUAUAUAUUUCUAAUAAUAAUGAAUCUUGCAGUACCUAAUUUUGGUUACUUGGUUGCUUAUUCCUUAUUUGGAUUAUAUGCUUUUUGGGGUCUUUGUCAUUUGCCCAUAAAAUGUUGAAGAAAUAUUAUUUUUUGCUACUGAUAUGUAAGCUUUUAUGUUUUUACUCUCCUCAAAAGUAUAGAAAAAAUAAAUUGAAAAGUAUGUGUUCUGUUUUAUAAUAUAUGUCUAAAAUGUUCUGUUCAUUAAGACAGAGAUUCAAAAACAGUUUGCAAAACUUGGUGCCAACAUUUGAAAAGGUUUAAUAUAUCUUUAUCACUCUUUGGUUCAGCAGAUACAAAAACAAUCCCACUUUUGCCAUUUAUACAUGUUAUUGCCAUAUCACAACACUGAACUGGCCACUGUGCAAUGAUUCACAGCUAAAACUAUUAAUAUUUUGUUGUGUUUUGUAAGUGCUAGUGUAGAUACUAUUUAAGACAAAAAUCAUGAAAUCUACAAUAUCAUGAGAACUGAGUAUUGUUGGACCAGAUCUGCACAAAUUAUGGUGAUGGCUAUUUGUACUUAAUGCUCCAGUGACAUUUUAUGGUUAGGUUUAUUUGUCACCUACAUUGGGCUCACCUCCGUAUGAAGUGUAGAAAGGGUUUUUGUCCUUUCUUAAUGGAUGGAUUGAUUUGAUAUGUCAUAUUUCUAUGCCAUCAUAUUUUGUUUUUGGAAGAUUUAUGGACGUUGAGCUUCCUGUUCAUAUGUGGAUAACAGCUGGUGGGUGAGCAGUUUGUAACAACAAAUAGUCUUAAAAGAAAUUUGUUUCCACAAGUAAAUGUUGUACAACUUGAUUUUAAUUUUUUUUCUCUCGCCAUAUUGCAAUGUCACUUAAAUGUCAAAAAUAAACAUUUGAGUUUUCAUUCAUUUGACAAUAAAUUAUGAGUUAUG